AUGGCGGAGUCCACCCACGAUCACCUCUUCAAGCUGCUCAUCAUCGGCGACUCGGGAGUUGGGAAGUCCUCCAUCCUGCUCCGCUUCUGUGGCUCUGGCGACGAUGAGUUCAACGAGAAGCAGGCGUCCACCAUUGGCGUCGAUUUCAAGACCAAGUUCUUACAAGUCAGGGGCAAGAAGCUCAAGCUUGCACUUUGGGACACUGCAGGGCAGGAGCGCUUCCGAACCCUCACUUCCUCGUACUAUCGAGGAGCCCAGGGAAUCAUCCUUUGCUACGACUGCACCCAACGGAGCAGCUUCGAGCACGUGAAGUUCUGGCAGGACGAGGUCAGGAAGUACUCCACCAACCAGGACGCUAUCUUGAUGCUCGUCUCUAACAAGGUCGACCUGGCUGACCAGCAGGUAACCCGAACUGAGGGCGAGGAGUUCGCAUUUGCCAACUCGAUGAUGUUCAUUGACUUCGACGUAGGCAGAGUCGAUGGAUGUUUGGGGACAGAGGCCGUCCAUGUCCAGGUCCUGGCGUUCUUGGCGACGCCUCCGGUCAUCUGCCAUCCUCGAUUGUUCCCCGCUGUCCGGCGUUUCGGAGGAAAGUCUGCGGAAAGGGCCCCUUCCAUCUUCCUGGUACGCCACGGACAGUCCACCUGGAACCUUGCAGCCAAACGACUUGACCUUUGGACGAUGUUCCGCCAGGUGGACCAUGCCUUGACCACCGAGGGUGUCGAACAGGCAUCCAGGCUGAGGUCCUCAACAUUGACGGCCCGGCGUAAUGGAGACAUUGAUGCAGAGCAGUUUCUGUCCCCGCAAAGCCUGGUCUUUGCGUCGCCACUGUCCCGUGCUGUAGCCACGAGCGUCGUGGCGCUGGGCUUGGAGAGGAAGAUCACUCUUUUACCGGACGCGAGGGAGCUUGCCUACCCGUGGUGCGGGCCGGAUUCGAUCGGCGCAGCUACUGGGAGCGACAUUGCCGAAAGGGCACUUCAAGAUCUUUCUAAGGUGGAUUCUGCAUAUGGCCGACCACCGAUCACCGAGGAAGCAGUGAAGAUGAUUGACGCAUCGGCAGCCACUGGCAUUUGGUGGAGCCGCUUCCGGGAGUCCAAGGGCCAGAUGCAGCAGAGGCUUCAAGACUUGUUGAGCAGACUUCGGCCUGCCGACAGUCCUUCACCGGCCAGUGUGUUGGUGUGCCACAGCUUGUUGAUCCAGCGUCUUUUCAAAGACUUCGCAUCACCGCAGAUGGAGGUGGACAUGCCAGAAUUACUCUCCCAGCUGCGGGCAAGAAAACUGCAGAACUGCGGCGUGGUGAAAGUCCUGCUCGACGACAACAGAUUAAUAAGCAGUGCCCAGCUCAUGUUCGGCACCAAGCUCGUGUAG